AAAAAAUGAUAAAAAUACCAAAGAAAUUAAGUUCAAUGUUAAUUAAUCCGUUUUCUCAACCUCGAUGUUUUUCACAAGCGUCUGUAAAACCUAAAAAUAAUACAGAUGGCAAAAUGAAUGCAUGGCAAAUACAUUGUUAUACAGAUAAAAAUAAUCCACAUUUGUCAAAAGUAAGAAUUCCAAUACUGAGCAAACCUUCAGAAGUGUUAAUUAAAGUUGAUGCCUCUAGUAUCAAUCAAAUUGAUAUUGCUAUGACAAAUGGGUAUGGGGCACAAUUGUUUAACUGUAUGCGUAAAGUUAAUAGCUUCAAUAUUAGGCCACAUAGUGACAUUGAAUUCCCAUUGAUACUGGGUAGAGAUUUUUCUGGAACUAUUGUAUCUAAAGGACAUGGAGUAGAUAAGCUUCAAGUAGGAGAUGAAGUAUGGGGUGUUAUACCAAUACAAGAACAAGGAUGUCAUGCAGAAUACGCUUUGGUUGAUAGUUCUUUGGUAAGUCUACGUCCUAAAAACUUAUCUUAUAUUGAAGCAGCUGCUAUUUUAUAUGCUGGUUUAACAGCAUGGUCAAGCCUAUGGUAUACAGGUGGGUUAGCUUAUAAAUCAUUGUGCUCAAAUUAUAAACAGAAGCCAGUAUUAGUCCUUGGUGGAUCAGGAGGCGUAGGAACUUUAGCUAUACAACUUUUAAAAGCAUGGAAAAUAGAUGUUGUUGCAACUUGUAGCAAUGAUGCAAUUACUUUGUUGGAAAAAUUAGGUGCUAAUAUUGCUAUAGAUUACACAGAAUUUAAUGCUAAUGAAAAAAUAAUAGCAGCAGGGCCAUAUGAUAUAAUAUUGGACUGCUGCAAUCAAGGAUCUAAUGCUGUAAAAUUAAAUGGCUAUCCUCAUUAUACUUACAUAACUUUAAAUUCACCACUUUUAAAAAAUUAUGAUAAACAUGGAUUAGUAUUUGGUACUGUAAAGAGUAUUGCUGACCUUUUACAAGAUAACAUACCUACUAGUACUGACAUAAAUUUUGUUAAAUGGGGAUAUUUUAUUCCUUCUCCAACUGGAAUAAAUGUAAUCCAAAAUUUGAUUGAAAAUAAACAGAUAACUCCAGUUAUUCAAGAAGUAUUUCAUUUUAACGAACUGCCAACAGCAUAUAAUAAAAUGAGAGAAGGUCACUUGAGAGGAAAAAUAAUUAUUGACAUGAGGUGA